AGCCAAGGAAAUCAUACUAAAACCGGACACCGCGAGAAGUGGAAGCAAAAUAGUGAGUUGUUUUUCGAUUUAAGCUAUCCUUGCAGUUCGCAGCAUCUAGUCACCUUCUGUGCCAGUGUGUUCAAAGGUUGACUUUGAUCUAAAACAUCCUAGGAAGCGGCUGUUUAAUCCGUCUUUAACAAUUUACGUGUGAAUAUCAAAAAGCGAAAUGAUGAAGUCGAUUUUCUUUGGAGUAGUUGCCAUCUCCGUCGCCAUUCUGUCCUUCUACCAAGAGACAGCUCAGGCCCAAGAACAAACAGGUACCGCCGAGGGUAACUACGUAUGGAACGCUAUGGACGAUGAGUGCCGCACGGCCCUGCACCGUCAGAUCAACAAGGAGUUCGAUGCCUCGAUCGUCUACCUGAAGUACGCCGCCUUCUUCGCCCAGGAGAAAAUUAAUCUGCCCGGGUUCGAAAAGUUCUUCUUCCACGCCGCCGGCGAAGAGCGAGAGCACGGCAUCAAGCUGAUCGAAUAUGCCCUGAUGCGCGGCCACGGACCUGUCGAUAAGGCCAGCUUCAAACUUAACUAUAACUACCAAGUACCAUCUAAGACUGACGGUGAAUCAGCUCUGCGUGCUGCCUUGCAGAAGGAAGAGGAAGUCACCCACAGCAUCCGACAGGUGAUCAAGGCCUGCGAGAACGGUUCCAACGAUUAUCACCUUGCCGACUACUUGACCGGUGAGUACCUGGACGAGCAACACAAGGGUCAACGGGAGCUGGCCGAGAAGAUCGCCACCCUGCACAAGAUGAAGAAGAGUGCCCCCAAGCUGGCCGAAUUCCUGUUCGACAAGAACCAUAUGUAAGAGCCUCGUUCUCCGAAAACCCAAAAUGGGGUCACGAACACAACACUUCACUUGGGUGCUUGCAAAUUUAGAACCGCGUUCAAAUUUCCAUCAACAAUUUGUGUUAAUUACUGAAUUAGUGCUAUAUAGAAUUACAUUUCGUGAUUUAUGAAUGAAAAAAACAAUAAAGGAAAAAUAUUAGAAACUCAAUCUUGGAAGCAAGAGAAACACAAUGACAGAUUAAUAAUAUACGAUUGAAUUGGAUUGUGAAAACAGUGGGGAUAGCUGGGGCUUGUUUCAGGAAAAUUGUCUGGGCAAAGGCCGACAACAAUGUUACAAAAGAAUUUUAAGUCCUAAUCCGAAAGAUAAGGUACAAUACAGAUAAUGAACUGAAA